GGGGGCAGCAGCGAGCCCUUCAUACCAGAGGUGCCUCACUGUCGUCUCCACGCCCAGAGGAGACGUUUACUUCAAAUUUCCGCAUUUUUAAUUUGAUCGAUCAAUACAGACAUCUUUGUACACUCUGCCCCGAAGCAGUAGCACUCAUUAAAACCCCAGCAGCGACGAUGUCAGGGUUUCUCCUCAGAGCAAACUUCAGAAGGAGCAUAGUCCCUCAGAUUAGGAUGUUUUCUGAUCAGGUAAAGUGUUCUGGACUUCUGAGGAUGACUGUUAGCAUUAGCAUGUGCUAUCAAAGUAUCAACAGUUGAGGUCAGUCUGGUGGCGAACUUCUAAAGUCGUGCUUUUAUGUUCGUUUUGUUGAUAUCUCUUGUUGUUUAGCGAGACAUGUAACUUAAAUACUUAAGUUUAAUGCGUUUUUGUUUUACUGCAACUAUUGACACGUAGCCUGUGUGAUAGUUUUUAUCAGAUAAAACAAACAAGCUUGUUUAGACAGGUGGGGGUUUGGACUGGACCAUUAAUACUGUGAGCAGAUGCAUUUUUUCCCCCCCAAAAAGUGAAUAUAAUACAGAAUAGGGCUACAAAUGUGGUCAAAAAUAUGUAAGAACUCUUCACUGUUUGGUUUGAUUUUUUACAGAGACGGCAUACAAUAUAUGGGCACAAAUGUUUUUAAAAAAUGUAUAUGAUGACAUAAUUUAGUUGCAUUUUUUUGCAAUAUGUUACAGAUUUUUCAAUUAUUUUUUAACCGAGUCUAAAUCUGGGAACACCCUGUACUGCUAUGUAUUGUUUUUAUAUUGUAGUAACCUAAUGGAAAAAAAAAAUACAUAUGUAAAAGAAAAUCCUGCAGAUUAAUUCAGUGUAUUGAGCGUUUUUAAAGAAACUACAUAAUUUGACAAUACAUGAAUAAAGGUGGUAAAAUGUUUUGGAGCACUAACAAUAGAUAAAACAUGCAUUAAAUUAACUCUAGGUUUGUAAAUAAUGCCACUAGAUCAAAUAACUGUUUACCAAAGACUAUAUACAUGGGGUGCACUUAUCAGCCCCAACGCCAAACAGGGAUCCCUAAAAUCUUGUUUUUAAUUCAAUACAGAAGAAGAAAGCCAUAAAAAUGCACAUUAUAUUGUGCAGUAUGGUUCUUUUCUUCAUUUGUGAUAAUUACCAUUACAUCUGCUAAUUCCAGCUUGGACAUCUCGGCAAGGGAGCAGGCAAAGGUGGAGGUGGUGGUGGCUCUAUCAGAGAGGCAGGUGGUGCAUUCGGAAAGAGAGAAGUAGCAGAAGAGGAGAGGUACUUCAGGUGAGAGGCAUGCUGUGCUGGUUCCUGAUUGUGUAUCCCUUUGUUUUCUGCACUAGGUUUUCAACCAUGUUUCCCAUCACUUUGUUUUGACUUGCAGGCAAAAGGAGAAGGAGCAGAUGGAGGCUCUGAGGAAGCAUCAUGCAGAGGAGAUCGCGCAUCACAGAAAGGAGAUCGAGCGCCUACAGAAGGAGAUCGAGCGCCACCAGGGCAAAAUCAGAAAGCUGAAACAUGAUGACUAAAGCAGAGAAGCCUGUCAGCAUUUUCUCCUUUUGAGACUCAGGCUGUUUAAUUUGCUGAGAUUAUCAUCAUUAUCAUAAGGAUAUUAAUUGAUUCACUGCUGGUCAAGGCAGGUCCUGUAUGGCACGUCAUACUGACACCAUGAAUCCUAGUAUGGCAAACAAUAAAGUGCAUUUUUGAAUAAGAGUGUCCCUUAAGGCUAUUUAUUUGUUGUUGGCUUUGCCUUAAAUAUCUGAGGUUUGCACCACUGACUGUGUUUACACUCACAGGCCAGUUUCAACCUGCCAUGCCUCUUUACAGCCCUCUUUCCUACUUGUAACUGUACUAAGCUAUAACUACUGUCAAUAACAUCACAUGCUCACACUAGGAUAAAAAAAGGCUCUUAAGUGAGGCACCCCUGAUACUCAACAAUUUCCAUUUGUCAUAAUGCCAACUGUGAGGCAUUCACUGCAUUGAAACUGGUGUGAGAAAUGAACUUGACAGCAUAAGGUGGAGCUCAGUUGGGUGUGGUUGUUAAACAAAAACGCUUUGUCAGAGGAUAAGAAGACUGACUGGGACUCCUGAGGUCAAGGGUAAGAACCUUACCUUACCCAGGUCAAGGUGAAUUUUAAAGUCUAGCUUCUAGAAAGGACAGUGAAAUAGGAAAAAAAAACAGGAUUCUCCUGUGUCUCCACGUGGCUCAGAGGGUAAGAAGACUGACUGGGACUCCUGAGGAUGUGGUUAUGAACCUUACUAAACUUACUAGUAUUUUGUUUUGUUUCCUCUUUCAAUCUCUUCUCUAGACACUGGACUUUAAAAUUCAACUAGACCUGGAUCUGAUUUAAAUAUAGAAACACAGAGUCACAGUGUGUUUGUGUGUUUUUUUAAUUUAUAAACUUGUACCUGUACCAUAAAAUACAACAAAUAAAUCAUCAGAAUUUAAGUUUAUUUUGGGUUAAACUUGACCACAUUUAGAGCUCUCUGUCUCUCUGUUAAGGGCAUAGACUGUGAAGAGGAUGAUUGACAGCUAUCCAUGGUAGAAGCAGAGAAACUUCUCCCCACUUCUAAGGUGGAUAGCUGUCAAUCAUCUUCCUCACAGUCUACGUUCUCAACAGAGGGAGCAACACUGUCGUCCAGUGGAUGGGAGAGGCAGUGUUCUCCACACGUGAAUAUCCUCAACUUGUGUGUGUGCGCGUAUCUUGAAAACUGUGUGACUUUUGUCUCAAAGAUAAAUGCACGUGCCAGUUGAGCCACAAACAUAUUUUUCAACAAUUUACAAGCAGAAUUGAAGAUUUACAAAUGAUAAGUCAUGAUAGAUGCACACACACAAUUAAAAGAACAAAUGUGGAAAUCAUGGAAAGAUAUUUGUGGAUCUGAAAAUCACGUGGAAAUUGUGGAUAUGUAUUUGUGCAUAAUUUUGAGCCUAAUCUCUCCCCAUAUCUUUUCACUAACUGAUCAGUGACUGAUCAGACCAACCAAAGUUAGUCUGGUCUGUGUUAUUUAAAUAAAGUUCAUUCAAGUUUAGC